AUGGUUUUAUUUCAAUUGCCUAAUACACCUGAAUUAGCACGAAAUGCAAUCCGCAUCAAGGCUACAUUACUUAGAAAUGCUAUAUCUGAAUGUGUUGGUACAUUUCUACUUUUAUUCGUUGGAACAAGUAUAAUUGCGCAGUUAAUUCUAUUCCGUGGAAGCGUGAAUUCAUGGGUUCAAAUAAAUGUUGGCUGGGGCUUUGCCAUUACAAUUUCGGUGACAGCUGUUUCUCAUAUUUCUGGUGGACAUUUGAAUCCAGCAAUAUCGGUACUUUUUUUUUCGAUGGGUGCAUUGGAUAUUACUUCAUUAAUUGUAUAUAUUGGUGCACAACAUCUUGGUGCAUUUUUCGGGGCAUGUGCAACUUAUGCUGUUUAUCGUGAUGCAAUAAACAAUUAUGAUGGUGGUGUUAGAGCAAUUUCUGGGCCUACUGGUACAGCGGGAAUUUUUGCUACAUAUCCCCAAUCUUUCAUGUCUCCUUUAGGUACUUACCUAGAUCAAAUAGCAGGAACAGGAUUGCUUGCAUUUUGUGUACUAAUGAUUAUUGACUCGAGAAAUAAAAUCCCAUCUCAAGCACAUCCACUACUAUUUGGAUUAUCUCUGCUAACAAUUGGAUGUGGAUUUGGUGCUAAUUGCGGUUAUCCUCUGAAUCCAGCAAGAGACUUGGGACCUAGAAUAUUUACUGCAUUUAUUUAUGGAAAAGAAGUUUUCACAUUUCCAUGGACUUGUUGGUUCUUGGUACCAAUAAUAGCUCCAACAGUGGGUGCAUUAAUUGGUGGUUGGUUUUAUAUAUUGCUACUAGGCUGUCACGUACCAGAUGAAGAACCAGAAAAAAAUAAUGCAUUGAAAGAAGACAUAGCAAAACCAGAGAACGCAACUUGA